AUGGAAGAUUGCCACUGUCAAGGCGAUUCCGGCACUGCGCCACGAGUCGCAGAGUCUCCCAGGGCGGAGCCCGCCUUUCGAAAGCGUUUCCCGGAGACCUUUCGCCUGAAUCCAAGCUCGCUGCGCCGCCACUCGCGGGCUCAGUCAAUAUGCAGCAGUGUAUCUUCCGCCCAUUUCUUUGACUCGGACACGGCAUAUUCUGCGUCUUCCGUCGCGAGCCCAAUUAGUACUGUGUACGAGAGCGAGACCGAGGAUUUUAUACGCCCCCUUUUUCAGGACCGGCCCAGCUCCAGAGUCGCCGAAAGGCGCCGCCAGCAUUUUGCGUCCUUCGACUCUGGGUCGACAUGGGUCGGCGACAGAGAAGAAGAAGCUAGGUUUACUCAAGAUAAGCUUGAAACUACGAUGAAAGCUGUUUUCGCUAGUUCGUUGUCGCCAAAGACAUUCCUAAGCGAAAACGAUGAAGACGAAGAUGACCUCAAGAGCCCGGCCACUGCUCAGAAUCUGAGUGACGACGACGCUUCAAUGUCCGGCAACUCAGAGGGCGGCGUUAGUGAGGAGGCCGAUGUUAACAGCCCUCGAACAUUCAUAUGCGACGCAAGCUCUGUCGCCACUGACGAGACAGUUGAGAGUGACGCCGAUACGCUGCUCACUUACACUCUGCAACUAGUCUACGGCAUUGACGCGCCGGAGCAAGAACAUCAGCUCGGCAAUAUGCGACGAUUGUCUGCAAGGUACAUUCGAUUGUUGGGCGACGCUAUUUGGCAAUCGCCCACCGUCGACGGAGAGCAGCCGAACUCGCAAGACAAUUCGUAUCCCAGUAACACAUCUUCGCCUAUACACGACGGCCGGCGUGGGUCACAUUCUGGGUCAUCCCAGUCAAGUUCCAAACGCAAACAGGAAGACGACCAUGGUGAAGAUGGCCAGGAGAAUGGGCAGGGAUCGGGCUUUGUGCCCGUGAAGAAGGCCAAGCACGCCAUUCGAGACGACGGCAGCCUGCGACUUAGCUGCCCUUUCCGAAAACGCAACCCCCAUCGCUUCAACGUGCGUGAUCACCACAGCUGCGCAAUGACGUAUUUCCCAAAAUUCGCAGAACUAAGACAGCACAUUGUAAAGCAACACAAGCGCGAUGACCCAUCGGCAUUCGUAUGCGAUAGAUGCAAUCGCGACUUUCGUUCGCGGAAAGAGCUGCGCGAACACCAACGACAGCCAAAAGAGUUUAUGUGUGAUCUAGCAGAUCACGAUCCAGAAUCUGGAAUAGACGGACCAACGUGCAACAAACUGCUCAGUCGCAAGCGCGCAAGCGGCGCCUCGCCGAUUAUACAAUGGAAAGAAAUAUGGAAUCUAUUAUUUCCGGAUGACGACGAUCAUGCAAUCCAGACAUCCAAUUUUACUCCCGUCAUUGAGCAUUUUGAGCUGGCGGCGCAGUUCUACACAUCGGUUGACCACUUACGGGCGUCCCUGCAAGACAAAAUAUCCAAUCAGGCCACGCUAGACACGAUAUGGACCAAAUUCCACCAGUGCUUCGCAGAGAGCGUGGAGCAGUGCCUCACCACAGCUCAAGGGCUGCCCUAUGUAAAUCGCAGCAACAAGAAGGGCGAGUCGAGCAAGACCGCGCAGCAAGCAGGCAGAAGCAGCCAUCGCAUGCCCAACAUUCAAGCGCGGCCCGAUUCUGGCAUCGUGCUAGACGACGGGUCGGAGGAGAGCGGCAGUGUUACCAGCAGUGGGGUCCGCUACAACGACAGCAACGCCAUCCUACACAUGCUCAACGGCGGCGACCAGCACGGUUUUGUGUUUGGCGAUAGCUCCAGCACGCCUGCGCUAUCGCUGCAUACACCUGCAUCGGUAUUUGACCCCAAUUUGCUUUCCGCUCCUGCACAACUGAUCCCUCGCGGCCAUGCCAUGACAUCAAAUCCCCAAACAGACUUCACACGGCUCUGGACAGACGAGAUGAUGUACAACACGACGGACAUGGGAGGUGCCGACCCAAGCGCGACACCACAUGGAAAUUGGGAAGAUACACCACCACACAUGGCAUUUUACGAAUCAACGACACCCAACUUAUUUUAG